AUGAGGCCAAUGCUUCAGCAUGCUUCACGCCUACACAACGUCAAUGCAUCGAAAAUAACACUGUCGUCUCGAUCAAUUCGACGCUUCGUGGUCCAAUCGCCGUCAAUAUGCGUCACCUGUCAGUACCGGCAGGUAUCGACUGCUUUGCGGCAGCAGAGUAGACAACGUCCUAAUAGCGGUUCAGCCGCAUGGCUGCAGCGACACUUUUCGCGCUCGUCAAUAUGGAUGGAGGACAGGAAAUCGCCCGGCUCCUCAGACCCAAUCGCCAUGCCACCGCCUCCGAACGAGCAGAAGCCAAAACCAGCCCAGCCUGCGGACAGAACGCCAGAGCAGCUGAUAGAACGGCAAGAGCGCCUGCGCAGAGAGUGGGAGGAGCAACAGAGGAAGCGAGAAGAAGAGGCUUUGCGGAAAAAGCAGCAGGAAGAAGAAGCACGACGCAAAAGAGAAGAAGAAGAGGCUCUGCGAAAGAAGAAGGAAGCAGAGGCUUCGCAGAAGAGGCAGGAGGCAGAAGCUGCACGAAAGAGACAGGAAGACGAUGCUCUACGGAAAGCACAGCAGUCCAGCCCGCCACGCUCUGCUCAAUCAGGAGCUUUUAGACCAGAACCCCUGCCAGAGCGCCCUUCGCCUGUGGAGACCCAGAAGCCUGUGCAGAGCGAGACAUUGGCCACUGCGAACAAGGACGAUGUCAUCGACAACGUCAAGCGUGUUCCUGACGAGCAUCUGCCAUCGCACCAGGAGCGACAGAGAUCCAACUUCGAAAAGCGCUUCUCAGCGUUCAUGGAUGAGUUACUGCCCAAGAUCGCGAUCGUUACGCAAAAGGUCAACACCUACACUGGAACCGACUAUUCAGGCGUCGAGGCUCUGAGGAGAGAGAUCCAGGAGCAGGAGAAGCUUGUCAAAGCUCGUCGCGUUGCCAUAGACACUACCAAGGAAGCUCUCGAUGCUGCUCUAGAACAGCAGGCCGCCUCACAGAAAGAAGUCGUUGCCCUGCUCGAACGAAAACACUCCUGGUCAUCCAGUGAUCUCGAACGCUACAUGUCCCUCAUCCGCUCCGAACACAUCAACGACAAGGCUGUAAGAGAGGCUAAAGACGCCGUGGAGGCUGCCGAAAACGCACUGGAAGAGGCGCGAAGUUACUUGGAAAAGAGGGAACGUGCACAAUAUCAUGAAGAGCAGAUCUGGAGCGACACCAUUCGGAGAAAUAGUACCUGGGUUACAUUCGGCCUGAUGGGCGUCAACAUCUUCCUCCUGCUUCUCAGUUUGCUUAUCCUCGAGCCUUGGAGACGACGGCGUAUGGUUAGAGAGAUCAAGGGCGCACUAGAAGCACAGCAGGUGGCUGCUGAAACAACACCCGUUCCUGCACUUGCGACUGCUUACGUUGCAGCAAACCCUGUUACUGAAGUACCGGCCGCCAUAAAAGCUGCGGCAGCCCCCACGACCGCAGUUCCGGAAGUCGCAAUUGUGGAGGCCGUCGAGCCUACGAGCACGCCCGCCCAGAGUGUGUCGUCUGUUGGAGUUGAGUCCGACGUCGAUGAGUCGCCAACAGCAGGAACAGAAGAGCCGACGCACAUCACAGACGAGGAUGGCACCAAAAUUGGGAACAUCGUCGAAGAGGUUGUUGAACCGGUCGUCAACCCUGCAGUCCCUGGCGCCGCGCCAUUGUUGACUGAGGACAUCAAGGCUUCCCCGCAAGAUACCAUCAACAUCGAGGAGGAAGUCAGAGAGCCUACUUCAACAAGCGAGAAGGUUUGGGCAAAGCUGGGACUUUAUAAGAGCAAGGCAGCUGUCAUAGCGGAGGAUAUUGUGAGUGAUCGACCCAUCUCGAUGCGUAGAGUCGAUUUCACGGCUGCCGUUUUGCAAGGUGCUGCCGCCGGUGCUGUCAUUGCGGCUGCAACUAUUGCAAUGCUUCUGAGACCCAACUAA